AUGCUAUCAACAUGGCAGACAUUAGAGUUGAAAGUAAACCUUGAUCGCAACACUGCAUUUGGUCGCAACACUGCAUUUGAUCGCAACACUGCAUUUGAUCGCAAUAUUCCAUUUGGUCGUAGUAUUCCAUUUGAUCGUAAUAUAGCAUUUGAUCGUAGUAUUCCAUUUGGUCGUAAUACUGCAUUUGAUCGCAACGCUGUAAUUGAUCGUAAUAUUCCAUUUGAUCGCAACGCUGUAAUUGAUCGUAAUAUUCCAUUUGAUCGCAACGCUGUAAUUGAUCGUAAUAUUCCAUUUGAUCGCAACGCUGUAAUUGAUCGUAAUAUUCCAUUUGAUCGCAACGCUGUAAUUGAUCGUAAUAUUCCAUUUGAUCGCAACGCUGUAAUUGAUCGUAAUAUUCCAUUUGAUCGCAACGCUGUAAUUGAUCGUAAUAUUCCAUUUGAUCGCAACGCUGUAAUUGAUCGUAAUAUUCCAUUUGGUCGUAAUACUGCGUUUGGUCGCAACAACGCAUUUGGUCGUAAUAUUGCAUUUGGUCGCAACAUUGCAUUUGGCCGCAACACCGCAUUUGGUCGUAAUAUUGCAUUUGGUCGCAACAUUGCAUUUGGCCGCAACACCGCAUUUGGUCGUAAUAUUGCAUUUGGUCGCAACAUUGCAUUGGCCGCAACACCGCAUUUGGUCGUUAUAUUGCAUUUUUUCGCAACAUUGCAUUUGAUCCAUUCGAUCGCAACAUGCAAAAAUUGA